ACCAGCGUCUAUGUCAGCUGCAGCACCGGAGGAGAAGUACUACUACUGCUGCUGCUUGGUAAAAGAGAGCACAGACAAGACAGGGGAGAGAUGAACGUCAGCUUCCAGCACUGGUCCAGCUACACAGCGCUGCUCGGGUCACUCAGCUGCACAGAGGACUUUGUACAAGGAUAUCUGAGGCUACCUGUAAGCUGCGACGUAUCACAUCAGUUGUAUUCUUCCAGGACAAGGAACCAGAUACAAUUUAGAAAGUCUGCAAGGGAUCCUCACACACUUCCAGACAAGUUUUGCUUUCUGGGACUGCACCAGCAAUAACUACUUUUCUGCUUAAUAAGGCUGGAGAAAUCAGGACGGAGCCUUGCAGCAGUCUCUCCAGGACACCUUGAAUGAGCCAUCACAGGGAGAAUCAGACUCACAAGUGAUAUUUUAGGGGGAAGCACAGACUGUUGUGAAUGGCAAGACAAUUUAUGAAUGUAACAAUGGAUAUCCUCUGUGCCUGAGAAUGAAUUGUACCAGCACAAAUAAGGUGAUUUUUAAUAUCGCUAUCAAUUUUACAAUUAAAUCAGCAAUAAUAACAGAUUAUUUCUAUAGUAGCGCUAGGUUUGGAAUUAUAAAAAAGGAAUGCUAUAUUUGUAACUGAUAGUGAACUAGCUAGCUUACAAUCGGAGGAGAAUUCUAUAUCGUCUUUGCUAUUAUGACCGUGUGAUAAUGGCUAUUUAAACUCUUCGAUGGAUUCUCAGUGGAACCUGACCUGAAAGCAGAUGGUGCCAUCCCUGCUAAAUUAGGGUGCAUUAGGUCCUCUCUCUCUCUCUCUCUCUCUCUCUCUCUCUCUCUCUCUCAUAAUAUUUCUUGGAAGGUUCGGGCAGCAUCCGGUUUUUUUUUGUUUUAUUACAUUUGUAAUUCUUUAAAUAACUUCUUGAAGUGAUAGCCAUUAAAAAAAAAAAAAAAAAAGUACAAUAAGCACAGAUUACCUUUGUAUUUUUGGCCACACAGUCCAGUGUAUGAAGACAUGUUCUGCCAUCAGGGAUUUUGAACCUUUCAUUUCUAUCAUAAUGAAGGUCCAUAAAUGUGUCCAGUUCCCUGUAGCUUUGAGUUAGUUAUUAGAAAACCCCUGGAGGUUUCAUUGAUGCUUUAAGCUAGCUGACUGCUGAAACUCCGUGAUGGAGCCGCAGACCCAUUGCCAACCAACUGCUGACAAUCUGAAUGUCUCUCAAACCAAUUAUUCCCUUGAUGAUGGUACAAGUUGCAUUACAGGUCUGGACAGCUACGGACAGGAGUCUGGGCUGUCCUUCUGGAGCAUAAUCCUCACCAUUAUCUUGGCUCUCAUUACUCUUGCCACUUUGUUGUCCAAUGCAUUUGUAAUUGCAACGGUCUAUCAGACCAGAAAAUUGCACACGCCUGCCAACUAUCUCAUAGCGUCCUUGGCAUUCACAGACCUUUUGGUGUCUAUUCUUGUUUUGCCAAUCAGCACCUUGUAUACUGUUACUGGUCAAUGGACUUUGGGGCAGAUUAUAUGUGAUAUGUGGUUAUCAUCUGAUAUCACUUGUUGCACUGCUUCAAUUCUCCAUUUAUGUGUCAUAGCCUUGGACAGAUAUUGGGCGAUCACAGAUGCAGUUGAAUACACAAAGAAAAGGACUCCAAAAAGAGCAGUUGUGAUGAUAGCUCUGGUGUGGGUCUUCUCAAUAUCAAUUUCAAUGCCCCCACUUUUUUGGCGUCAAUCAAAAGUAGAAGAUCUGCCAAAGUGCACCGUCAAUACAGACCAUGUUUUGUAUACUGUUUAUUCCACUAUUGGGGCAUUUUAUUUUCCGACAUUACUUUUAAUUGCCCUUUAUGGGAGAAUCUACGUAGAAGCCAGAUCGAGAAUUCUGAAGCAAUCUCCAAAGAGCACAGGGAAAAGAUUGACAAGGGCUCAUCUCAUUACUGACUCUCCAGGAUCUUCCUCUGUCUCCUCCACCAACUCAAGGGCUGCAGACUUGGCAAGUGACACAAGUUCCCCAGUGUAUUUGAAUCAGGUCAAAGUUAAAGUGUCAGAUGCUCUGCUGGAAAAGAAGAAGAUCAUGGCUGCCAGGGAGAGGAAGGCUACUAAGACAUUGGGAAUUAUACUUGGAGCUUACAUCGUGUGUUGGUUACCAUUUUUCAUCAUCUCAUUGGUUAUGCCCAUUUGCAAAGAAGCUUGCUGGUUUCAUCCUGCUAUUUUUGACUUUUUCAACUGGCUUGGAUAUCUUAAUUCUUUAAUAAAUCCAAUAAUCUAUACAAUGUCAAAUGAAGACUUCAAGCAAGCUUUUCACAAACUGAUUCAUCGUAUUAGCUGCCCAUCAUGAUUGUAGUCCCCAUAUACUACAUGAUGCUACAUGAAUGCACUUGUCUGGGUCUGAUAGCUCAGAACCCAGUCGAUAUUGUAAAGAAUCACUACCUGAAACUCUCUAUCCUGAGUUGUCAGACUCAUGAAUGCCGCUGAGCACAAACGUCAAUACAUACUGCCAUCCUACUGUUCAGCUCUGCAUUUCACUGCUAUGACUCUAGCAAUGAUGCUGCUUAAAUUUUCACUCAUGUCAAAUGCAAAGAGUUCAUCUUCAGAUCAAUACUUACAAUUGACAUCUGGAUUGGAAAAUUUACUUAGACUAAUAUUUCUAUUGUUUGAUUUUCACUUUUAUUUAAUUUACACCAUUGCCUUUUUUUGGGCAUAAAGGAUUCUGGGCAAUUCCUUCCAUGCGCCCUGUCUGGGGUGUACAUACAGUAGUUGUUAUGUUUUUUGUCACUAGUAUUGAUGUGUCUAUAUGUAUGCUUGUACUUUAUUUCUGUAGAGGAAAAGGUUCAUAUGAUUUUAAAGAAAUGCUUUAAAGAUGUGUUGCAGUUUGCAAGUUGCCCAUUCAUCUCAGCUUUUUUGGAAAACUUGGUGUGCAGGAGUGUGCCAAGGCUAAAUUGGUGUUCAACCAAUCAAUCUGAAUCACACAGCAGUCAUAUAUCCUUACAAUGUAAUGUGGGUGAAUACUGUAUGUAUUAAUGUAUCAUCUAUUUGAUGGAUAUGUAACAGAAUGAUCUGCCCUUUAAUUGACUGCUAUCUGCCUUUUAUUGUAAUGUGAAAAUAUGAAAGUAUUUUCAGGAAAGUCAAAUGAUGUAUAACAAUAGUCUACUUUUAAUACUGAAGUAUAAAAAACACAUAGUAUUUAUAAUUAAACUAUAAGUGAUGCACACCCCUUCUUUACCAAGCACAGAGAAUGUAUGGUUUUUUGCUUCUAUAAGAAAUAAACCUACCUAAAAUGUAUUUUAUUGUACACUGUCCACAACUUCAAAUGACUUUGUUUCCAAAAAGUCAUUCACAUGCAAAAUAAAUGACUAGAAUUCUGAAUCAGAUCAGUUUAUUUUAUUAUUAAAUGUAUUAAUUGUCACUGGAGAGUAUAUAAAUGUAUUUUAUAGCCAUGGGCACUGUGCAAAAGGUCUAAUUCAGAGAAGCCAUAACAUUGAAUGACACUCGUUAGAACUGUUGUGAUAUAACUGUGUUAGAUGUCUUCAUCUGUACUACCAAGGACAAGUAUGUUGAAUGAGU